AACCAUAAACCAAACGCACCGCUCUUCUUCCUCUUAUUAUCGUUCUCACAUUUGUGCAGAAAUUCGUGCUCCAUUCGCAUUGCUACAAAGCUGAGUUGCGUGCCCUAAUCCAAAUCUCUCGUGUAAAGCAUCAAUUUUUCCUGCGAUGGAUCCUCAAAGGUUCCGACCGUCGAGCGCGUUCAACUCGCCCUUUUGGACUACGAACUCUGGGGCACCAGUUUGGAAUAAUAAUUCUUCAUUGACGGUUGGUGCUCGAGGGCCCAUUCUUCUUGAGGAUUAUCAUUUGAUUGAAAAGCUUGCUCAGUUUGACAGGGAACGCAUUCCUGAGCGUGUUGUUCAUGCUAGGGGUGCCAGUGCCAAGGGUUUCUUUGAGGUCACUCACGAUAUUUCUAACCUCACAUGUGCUGAUUUUCUUCGUGCUCCAGGAGUUCAAACUCCCGUUAUAGUUCGCUUUUCAACUGUCAUUCAUGAACGUGGCAGUCCUGAGACCUUGAGAGACCCACGAGGAUUUGCUGUAAAGUUCUACACAAGGGAGGGUAACUUUGAUCUAGUUGGCAAUAACUUCCCAGUAUUCUUUAUUCGUGAUGGAAUUAAGUUCCCAGACAUGGUUCAUGCUCUCAAACCAAAUCCCAAGUCCCAUAUCCAGGAAAACUGGAGGAUCCUCGAUUUUUUUUCUCACCACCCUGAGAGCUUGCACAUGUUUACCUUCCUCUUUGAUGAUGUGGGAGUUCCAGCAGAUUACAGGCACAUGGAUGGUUCUGGUGUGAACACUUACACACUUAUCAACAAAUCUGGGAAAGCUCAUUAUGUGAAGUUCCAUUGGCGACCUACUUGUGGAGUUAAGAAUUUACUAGAAGAGGAGGCUAUAAAAGUUGGAGGCAGCAACCACAGCCAUGCCACCAAGGAUCUUUAUGAUUCCAUAGCUGCAGGAAAUUAUCCUGAGUGGAAAUUAUUCAUCCAGACUAUUGAUCCAGACUAUGAGGAUAGAUUCGACUUUGAUCCAGUUGAUGUCACAAAGACCUGGCCAGAGGACAUUAUCCCUCUUCAACCAGUUGGUCGUUUGGUCCUGAACAAGAACAUUGAUAACUUCUUUGCAGAAAAUGAGCAGCUUGCCUUCUGCCCGGCGAUUGUGGUUCCCGGAAUCCAUUACUCGGAUGAUAAGCUGCUUCAAACUAGAAUCUUUUCGUAUGCUGAUACUCAAAGGCACCGUCUUGGACCGAACUACUUGAUGCUUCCUGCAAAUGCCCCAAAGUCUGCUCAUCAUAACAAUCAUCAUGAAGGUUUCAUGAAUUUCAUGCACAGAGAUGAAGAGGUCAACUACUUCCCUUCAAGGUAUGAUCCUGUUGGACAUGCUGAGAAGUUCCCCAUCCCGCAACCUAUUCUUACUGGAAGGCGUGAGAAGUGCGUGAUUGGCAAAGAGAACAAUUUCAAGCAGCCUGGAGAGAGAUACAGGUCAUUUGACCCUGACAGGCAAGAGAGAUUCAUCUGUAGAUGGGUUGAUGCUCUGUCUGACCCCCGAGUCACCCAUGAAAUUCGCAGCAUCUGGAUCUCAUAUUGGGCUCAGAGUGAUAAAUCUCUUGGACAGAAGAUUGCAAGUCGACUUAACCUGAAACCCAACAUAUGAAGGGAGAGAGAGAGAGAGAAGUAUAGGAGUGGCUUUGACAUGAAGAAACUAAUUAGGUGAUCAAACAUGUUAAGAUGAUAUGUAUACAUGUGGACUGGGUUCAGUGGUGUCAUAAUAUGUAUGUUAAGAACAGUGCUUUCAUUAUGUUCCUUCAAUUAUCCAUAAAUCUACUCUUAAAUGAGAUAUUGUAUGGACAUUUUUCAUCAAAUUACUGCAUUUACUGGAUUGAUUAGGCCU